AUGUUUAUUCAGCUAGGCAAGUGGCGAGUUCCAUUGACUGCCAAGUAUGAGGCACUCAGACCACAAUUAACACUUGUUCAGGCAUUCAAACCAUUUCAAGAGUGGGUACAGCGAUUGGGUCAUCAGCUAGAUACCACAUCAACGGGGAAACAGCUGGUAGUGCAUGGUGUUCAGAUUACUGAUGUAGAUUACUUUGGGAAAGGCAGGAUUGGGUUUGUCAAGUUUCAUGCAGAUAUCCGAUGGGCGGAUCAUGCAGAUGGAGUGCCGGUGCCAGGAAUAGUGUUUUGCAGAGGAGGAGCAGUAGCUAUUUUGUUGAUUGUUCGUCCUAUCGAAUCAGAAUCUGAACCGACUCGAGAGCCACAAGAAUGGGCAGUAUUGACAGUACAGCCUCGACUGCCAAUUGGAUUGCUUCAAGAGACUGCAUUGCCAGCAGGAAUGCUGGAUGGAGAUUCCAACUUUAGUGGAGUGGCAGCAAAAGAACUGCAAGAAGAGUGUGGAAUCACCCUUGCUUCAUCCGAUCUCAUUGAUUUAACAAACUACAAACUGCUGGAUGAUGAUGCAUGUGCAAGCGAUUGCAGUGUGGACAGGGUGGAAGAUGGGCUUUAUCCAAGCGCAGGUGGAUGUGACGAGCAGAUUCGACUGUUUCUAUGCGAAAAGCAGAUGCCAAUGGAGCAAAUCCAAGCACUGCAAGGUCGAGAGGCUGGACUGCGCUCUGAAGGAGAGCGUAUUCAAGUGCGACUAGUUCCAUUGCAAGAUCUAUGGAGAUCAACUAGAGAUAUGAAGGCAUUGGCAGCCUUGGCACUCUAUCAGCAGCAACGGAAGCAUGAAUUAUAAAGUCAUUGCUGCAAUCCAGACUGUGUUCUUUAUUGUGACUAAUUUAGACAAUUGCCAAUGAAAUGGUCAGAUAAUUGAUGGCUAUAAUCGUACAAAUUG